UAAGUCAUUGCCGAAGUUCCUCAUGUUCCAGGCGGUAGUUACCCGCUUCUCCUCCCGGGCCCUGCCGGCUCUGGCCGCGGUGCUGCUGCGCAGGAAUGAGAGGGGCGAGAAGGAGGCGCGGCGGGAGAGAAGACCCAAAAGCUGGAGGAAAGAAGUCCACCCUUAUUAUAACCUGAGUGUGACAGUGUUGGGAGCUAAGAACAUACAUGGAGCUGAUUUGUUAUCUAAAGCAGAUUGCUAUGUGCAGUUGCGGCUUCCCACAGCCUCCCCUCUGGCUUCCAGGACUGCCGUGGUGUACAACUCCAGUGAUCCUGAAUGGAACGAAACAUUCAAAUAUCGCAUUCAUGGAGCUGUAAAGAAUAUUCUUGAGCUCACACUUUAUGACCGAGAUGUUGUACUGGAUGAUAAGCUUUCUUCUGUGGUUUUUGACAUAGGACACAUAAAGCCUGGACAUAGCUCUAAGCGAGUCUUCAAACUUGGCCCAAAGGAGUCUCUGGAAGUAGAAUUCUCCCUUGAGAAAAGUAAAGAACCCCCUACUCAGAUUAUCACCAAUGGAGUUCUUGUGGCUCACCCCUGUUUAUGUGUUCAUGGGAAUAUCCACAGGGGAGGAGACCUAAAUUCUCCAAGAGGAAAUCAGAUGCUGCAGCUGUCCAUGCCCGGAUCCUAUGAAAAGCAGAUAUGUACUCCAUUUUCCUCCCUGUCAUCGCAGGAACAGGGGGCUCCCUUUGUGUUUCAUGCUGACAAAGACAUAGCCCCACAGUUAAACGUGCACCUACUGAAGACUGUGCGACUUGGAGAGAAUGACUUGGAUCCUGAGCUAGAAAAGCAAAUUCUAUUGGUAGGAGAAAGUUCCGUACCGGUUUCAUCACUGCCUGAAGGGAAGGAGCAAGGGAUCAACCUACAGCUCUCCAAGGAUCACAGCCUUGAGAUGAAUGUAACAACAGAGGAAGAUAAUCGGGAACUUGACAUACGCCUUGGUUUUGAGCUGUCCCUUGGAGAAAGAGAGUAUUUAGAAAAGAGAAAGAAAGUUGCUGCACGUUGCCUUCAAGAGGUUUUGAAGCUGGAUAGCACUUCUAGUGUCAAUGAGGUUCCUGUUGUUGCAGUGCUGGGUUCAGGUGGAGGGACGAGAGCUAUGACAUCUUUCUAUGGCAGUCUAUUGGGCUUACAAGAGCUGAAGCUGCUGGACAGUGUAACAUACAUAUCUGGAGUGUCUGGAUCAACUUGGUGCAUGUCCACUCUUUAUGAAGAUCCUGAUUGGUCCCAAAAAAGUGUUCAGGAUCCCAUCAGCAGGGCUAGAAAAUCUGUGACUGCCAGCAAGAGUGGGGCAUUCUCCGCUGAGCGCCUGAAACGCUGCACACAGGAGCUCAUAGCCAUGGAGAAGGAUGGCCACAUGGUCAACUUCACUGAUCUGUGGGGACUUGUAAUAGAAUACUUCUUACAUCAGAAGGAGAACCCUGCCAAGCUGUCAGACCAGCAGGCCUGUGUGUCCAAGUCCCAGAACCCCUAUCCCAUCUACGCUGGGGUUAAUGUGCGCGUGGACAUCAACGGGGGAGAUUUUGCAGAAUGGUGUGAGUUCACCCCACAUGAAGUUGGGUUUCGCAAAUAUGGUGCAUUUGUGCGCACUGAGGAUUGUGGCAGUGAGUUCUUUAUGGGUCACCUGAUACACAGACGCAAAGAACCUAAAAUCUGCUAUUUGCAAGGCAUCUGGGGCAGUGCGUUUGCUGCAAACCUUGAUGAGAUCUGGGCCCAUGCGGCUGGCACAGGAAUCCGUUGGCUCAGCUCCCUGACAGAUGCAAUAAGGGUAAUAGAUGACUGUCGAAAAUUACAUUGGCGAGAUUCAUCUCGGCUGAAGACGCGCCUAGUCAUGCCAGGAGGAUUUGUUUCUAACAUGUUCCAAGAGAUUUUCAAGUCCCGCUUUACUGCCGGCGAGUGGUACAACUUUACUCGGGGACUGUAUCUUUACAAGGACUACUUGGGGGUCCGAGAGUUUUUAGCUUGGAAAGGUACUCAUCUGGAUGCCUUCCCCAAUCAAUUGACUCCAAUGGAAGAAAGCUUAUAUUUGGUAGAUGGAGGAUUUUCUAUUAACUCUCCUUUCCCGCUGGUUUUGCAGCCUGAGAGAGAUGUAGAUGUCAUUCUCUCCUUUAACUACUCAUGGGGUGCUCCAUUUGAGGUGCUGCACUUGACCUCCACCUACUGCAGAGAGAGAGGCAUCCCUUUCCCUGAAAUCACCUUAACUAAUGAGGAUGAGAAGCAGCCAAAGGAAUGCUAUGUGUUCAUGGACCAUAAUAACCCUAGAGCUCCCAUAGUGCUUCACUUCCCCAUGGUCAAUAACACGUUCCGCACAUUCAUAGAACCAGGAGUUGAGCGGAAGACGGAAGAGGAGAAAUUAAAUGGAGAAGUAGACUUAACUGGAAAGGAAUCGCCAUUCCGAACAAAGAACUUUACAUAUGAGCCACAGCACUUUGACCGUUUGGUAGCAGUGAAUCGGUACAAUGUACUAAACAGUAGGGAGCAGAUUGCAGCAGCGCUAAAGGCAGCAGUGGCACGUAGGAAGGACAAAUCAACCAAGCUGCCAUCUAAAAAACACAUGUGAUGGGAAGUCUAAACCUAUGGAAGUAUAUUAUGUAUUAAAUAGCACUGGCUGCUCAGGUGGGUGUGCAUCAGGGCUGUGUUAUUGUUUGUCCUCAAAUGCACAAAUCAUUUCGUUAGGCUGAGCUAUAGUUUGCCUGGAUGGUGGUGUAUUGUAGAAAGUGACUGUACAGAAUGUUCCGUGAAUGCAGACUUGUCUCUCUUGGUGGCUGUGCAGAGAUCUGCUAGGUAUCCGGCUCAGAGUAGAACCUAGGGCUAGCCACAUACCUCUGCUGUUACCUUCCCCUAAUCCGUGCCCUUGUAACUACGCUUGUUCUUACACAGUGUGCAAAUGAAUGUGCCUGAAAGAAUGCACACAGACAAACAUCCGUGUAGCGGCAGCAACAAUGGUGGGGCUGAGGUGGCCAGCUGGGUUGCCUAUAGAUGUGAGAUUUGCCCGUCCACAUGAAUAACUUUAGCAUUGUUCACUGUGUUUGGCCAGUGUCCUAAAUGAGAGAUCUGACAAUGCCAACAUUCUCAUCUACCUGCAAGGAGAUUUCCGGCCAGACAUAUUACUGAAAGGGUGUCAAACCUGCCUUCAUAAGGCAGAAUCAGCAAGGCCAGCUACAAGUUGAGAAUCCACUAAAUCAGCUACUUUAUGCCAAGAAUGCUUUAUUUUGCCAAGACUUAGAGGACCAGGACCUCCAUUAAGUGAGAAUAGGUUUGGUAUCUGUUCAUCCAGCACCUACAAAUAAACUAUUUGUCCUAUUUCAUA